GGGGCGGAGCCUGCUGCAACAGCCGGAGCUCAGUACUCACUGGUAGCAUGGGCUAGGCUAACACAGCUAAGCUACCACAGGCUAACAGAGCUACAGACAGGCUAACAGAGCUAAAUCUAGGCUAACAGUGCUACAGACAGGCUAACAGAGCUACAUACAGGUUAAAACAGGUAUAGCUAGGCUAACAGAGCUAAGCUAACAGUCUGCAUUGGAGAAUUACUGCUCAGUGCUUUAGUGUAGGAGCUCUGACGACCUACAACCAGCUCUAAAAUCAGUUAUACAGCUUUAUUUACAGCCUGAGAUCACUGACAUGCAGGUAAACCAUCAGAAGACUGGCAGAGCUUUAGUUAUCUAAGUACAGCAGAUGAUUUAAAGGGUUUAAAGGUAUUUAUAGGUUAUAGUCAAUAUCUGUGGCGUGUUAUUGUUUACAGAAACAGCCUUAUUCAGUCUAAUUUAGCAUUUAUUAUUAUUAAUCUUCAUUCAGAAGGACAGGGUGAGUGGCAUGGACCCUCAGUCCAGCACAGGAAUAAGAUGAUGAAGAACUGGGGUCUGAUCGGCGGGAUCGCCGCUGCCAUGGCCGCCGGGGUUUACGUCCUGUGGGGUCCGAUCACAGACAGGAAGAAGAAGAGGAAAGGUACAGUUCCCGGGCUGCUGAAUCUGGGAAACACUUGCUUUAUGAACUCGCUGCUUCAGGGUCUGGCGGCCUGCCCGUCCUUCGUCAGGUGGCUGGAGGACUUCGAGAGCCAGAGCAGCAUCAGUCUAGCCAGGCCUGAGACGGACACUCGGCUGUCUGUAACUCUGCUGCAGCUGCUUAAAGCUCUGUCCAGUCAUGAGCCUGUGGAGGACGAUGUCUUGGACGCCGGAUGCCUGUUAGAAGCUCUUCGGCUGCACAGGUGGCACAUCAGUUCCUUUGAGGAACAGGAUGCUCAUGAACUUUUCCACGUGCUCACCUCCUCUCUGGAAGAGGAGCGCGACCAGCAGCCCAAAGUCACUCACCUGUUUGACAUGGAAACACUGGAGAAAUCUGCAGAGUCCAGUGAAAAAGCCAUCAGCUGCAGGAGUCGAGGUCCGCUGCACCCCAUUCCCAGCCUCUGGAGGACCCAGCACCCUUUCCACGGACGUCUGACCAGCUACAUGGCCUGCAAGCGCUGUGAGCGGCAGAGUCCUGUGCGUUAUGACUCGUUUGACAGCCUCUCUCUGUCAAUUCCUGCUGUUCAGUGGGGUCGGCCUGUAACUCUGGAUCAGUGUCUUCAGCAUUUCAUCUCAUCUGAAACCAUUAAAGAGGUGGAGUGUGAGAACUGCACCAAGACCCAGACGGGAGAGCUGGUGAACGGACAGGAGAGCCAGAGGACGACGUUCAUUAAGCAGCUUAAGCUUGGAAAGCUUCCCCAGUGUCUGUGUAUUCACCUUCAGAGGCUGACCUGGUCCACUGAGGGCACUCCUAUAAAAAGGCAGGAGCAUGUGCAGUUCUCGGAGUACCUGAGCAUGGACCGAUAUAAACACUGCAGUGCAGCUCAGAGACUACAGAAGCCCAGCAGGGCCAAUAAACCCAGCAGCACUGGAGCAACGGCGGACGCACACGACCAAACCGUAGCCAACGGUCUCGACCCCGAGCACCACAACAACAACAAGCCUCUUUCUAACGGAGCUUUCCCCUCCGUCUUCAUCCACUCUCCUUCUCUCAGUCCUCAACUCAACCUCACAUACGACUACAGCUCGUCAGAGUAUCUUUUCCGGUUGACGGCGGUGCUGGUGCACCACGGCGACAUGCACUCGGGCCACUUCAUCACGUACCGCCGCGGACCGCCCUCCCCCCGAAGCACCGCCCCCUUCAGCCCUCAGUGGCUGUGGGUGUCGGACGACUCGGUGCGGAAGGCCAGCCUGCAGGAGGCGCUGUCCUCCAGUGCGUAUCUGCUGUUCUACGAGCGCGUGAGGAACCUGGCCGGCCUGCGGGCGGAGGAGUAGCCCUGGACCUGCUGAGGUUCUGCUGAGGUUCUGCGUGUGCUGCUGGGUACAGUCCUACCAGAACCCUGCGUGGCCCUGAUGGACUGAGAUCUCUCACAGAGAACUUAAAGAACGGAGAGAUUUUGAAGGACGUACGGAGAACCUGCCUGGACUGCAUCUUGUUCUUAUCGUUGUUUCUUUCAAGUAGAGAUAGUGUUACUAUGGAGACUAUGGAGAGUAGUGUGGCAUCAUAAACCACUGAGGACAGAUUUUGGUGUAUUUUUGCUGCCAGUUUUCUCCGUGUUUGGUAGGACUCCAGCUUCUCUUCACGUUUUUGGGCUUAAUGAAGCUGAACAUCAUAAUAUAAAGACUAUUAAAGAUGCGAAGGAAAUUCCUUAUUAUUUUUUAACGUGAUCUAGAGAUGAUACAGCGGACGAUAACUUUCUUUAUUUUCUGAACAAGAGCUGGACAAGAGCUGAAAGCCUGGACAACUAAUCCUCACUUCUAAUGGAUGCCAAGGGAGCAGUUGAGCUAGGGGGCGGGGCUUAGGAUAGACUGUCCAAUGAAGAUGACUGACUCCUCAGUAGCCUGUUGGUUCACAUAGAUAUAUGAUGUUAAUAUAAUCUUAAGAACUUUUUAAAUAGGGCUGUGUUUUGGCAAGACCUUGGCAAAACAAUACAUAUCAUAAUACAUUGGUUAUUAUUCAGUAUACAGCUUUGGGGAAAAAAUGAGAGACCACCUAAAAAUGAUUAGUUUCUUUGAUUUUAUCAAAUUGAAAACCUCUGGAAUAUAAUCAAGAGGAAGAUGGAUGAUCACAAACCAUCAAACCACCAAACUGAACUGCUUGAAUUUUUGCACCAGGAGUAAAGCAGCAUAAAGUUAUCCAAAAGCAGUGUGUGAGACUGGUGGAGGAGAACAUGAUGCCAAGAUGCAUGAAAUAACUGUGAUUAAAAUCCAUCAGGGUUAUUCCACUAAAUAUUGAUUUCUGAGCUCUUAAAACUUUAUGAAUAUGAUAUGAUGUUUUCUUUGCGUUAUUUGAGGUCUGAAAGCUCUGCAUUUUUUUUGUUAUUUCAGCCAUUUUUCAUUUUCUGCAAAUAAAUGCUCUAAAUUACAUUUUUUUUAAUUUAGAAUUUGGGAGAAAUGUUGUCUGUAGUUUAUAGAAUAAAAAAAUAAUGUUAAUUUUACUCAAACAUAAACCUAUAAAUAGCAAAAUCAGAGAAACUGAUUCAGAAACUGAAGUGGUCUCUUCAUUUUUUCCAGAGCUGUAUCACAAUAUAUUGCGGUACUGUUGGCAGUAUGAUAUAUUGUGAUUUGUUUAAAUCAGUUAAUUUUAGGAAACUUUAAUAGUAUUAAAAAACACACUACCAUAUCCUGUAUUAUUAAAUUGGAUUAAAAGUUGCUUAAGUUUUUAUCCAAUCAGAAUUAUGAGAUCUGAAGACAGAGUACAACACUGCCAUCUAGUGAUCAGGGUUUAAACACAACACCAACUGAACCCCUUCUGACACCAAUCUUUACAUCGAAACUAAUCAUUAAAAUCAUCUAAAUUGUGUGCACCAGUUCUCAACCUUAUAUGAUGUAGAAACCAAGAAAUUUAGGCUAUCUCGCCUGCAGCCUAGAUGAAGGAGCACAGCUAUAGUCUUACUACAAUACACUGGUAAUUUGUAGUAAACAGCGUAAUUCGCUAAAUUAGCGCAAUGCUAACUAGGGGUGUGAAUCACAGGGCACCUCAUGACACAAUAUUUUAUAUGUUGCCCACAUUGAUACUGAUGAUCUCUACAAUACUUCACAUCGUCUGUGUUGUUAUUUAAGAAGACAAAAUACUUAAUAUUCCAAAUAAUUAAAUAAUAGGAAUUAUUAAUGGAUUUAUUGAUUUCCGUUUUACGCAAUUCAACUAAGCAAAAUAUUUUCUUUUAAAGUCAAACGAGCGCUGGAUGUUAAUCUACACAGAUUUCUCUCCUGAAAACUGUUUAUUUGGGUGAGUAAAGUGUUUUUAAAUUAUAUACAGUAAUCUUAGAUUCUCAAAUUUCUCCAGCACUAAGGCUGGAGCAUUAGCAAUGCCACUCAACAGCGCUACACUGAGGAACCCUACGUGUUCCAGUAAGACAAAUAGCUUGUUUUAACACGGGGAAACACGCAAGAUACAGGUCGAUAUACUCACCUUUGAGCGGCGAAAUAGCUAGCAUUUAGCCCUGUCGUUAGCUGCUAAUUCUAAUGUUGCUGUAGUCUCUGUGCAGCCUGGAGAACUAAACUGAAACUCCUGUAUAACUCUGUACUUCAGUGGAGUGGCUUUACUGCUCCUUAAUACCUGACUGGUAGAAUUCAUACAUAAGGAGCACCAGAUUAUAAGGCGCACCUUAUAGUCUUAAAAGUCACUUAUAUUGGCUUAUAUGUCAAAAUAAUCCAAUUAAUAAUCAAAUAGUAUUCCAUGUGCAGCACAGUGCUUUAACUAACCCUAAUUCUGAAUUCAGUUUGUCUCUAUGGAGCUUUAAACACAACUCCAAUCAUGUGUGUUUAAUCAUGAUAAUGAAGAAGAGUCAGAAUUCAAAUGUACUUAAACCAUAUAAACUCUCCAAAUUUUGAGCCCACUAGAUAAAAUAAGCCUGUGGGAAACUGCUGCUGCUGCUGGUGUGUUUAGUGAGUUGAGGGGGCGAUCUGUCCUUUAUAUGAAUCUGUUCAGUAGAGAGGAGCCGCUGUUCGCAGGACUGUUCAGAGGAACGGAGGGGGAAAUGACGUUGUAUGAUAAUUGUAUGUUGUAUAAUUGCUAUUUGCACUGAGAUAUAUUUUUAUGAUGACCCGUUGCCGUGUGUAUGAUGGUAAGAAUGAAUUUUGAAUGUUUUCUCACAUUUAAAUUAUCCUAAAUAAAUUUCUGCAGAUUUAAAAAUGAA